AUGAACUACAUUCGCUCAACAGUCAACACGCUUAGGGACCGCUACACGCCAGUAUCCCAUACCUCGACAUUCCGAAAGACCGGCCAGCUCACACCGGAGGAGUUCCUUGCCGCAGGCGACUACCUCGUCUACAAGUUUCCCACAUGGGCCUGGGGCGACGCUGACGACGAAAGUCGCAGAGUGAGCUAUCUACCUCCCGGCAAGCAAUAUCUUGUCACCCGCAAUGUGCCCUGUGAACGCCGCCUCAACGACGACUUUGCAGGCGAUGCCGGACACGAGGAGUCGCUCGUCAACGACGGCGAGGACUUCAAGAGCACCGGGCAGCAGGGCGACGACGAGGACGGGUGGUUGCGAACCGGCGGUCUGGCCGGAUCGCAGGUGCUCAAGGCCAGGGAUGUAAGAACUGUCGAUGAUGCAGGAAAUAUUGGAGACGUAGCGGAUGUGGAUGACGACGAAAUCCCCGACAUGGAAGACGAAGACGAUGCUGAGGCCAUCAUCCGCGACACAACUUCCAAGACUAGCGGUCGCCGAACAUAUACCAUCUACAUCAUGUACACACCGUAUUACCGAACCCCGCGCGCGUACCUCUCCGGCUACCGCCCCAACGGACAACCCCUACCGCCUCAGGAUAUGAUGGAGGACAUUGUCGGCGACUACAAGGACAAGACGGUCACACUAGAAGAUUUCCCCUUCUUUGCCAACAACAUUAAAAUGGCGUCGCUGCACCCCUGCAAGCACGCUCCCGUCAUGAAGACACUGCUUGACCGCGCCGAUGCCGCUCUGCGCAUCCGAAGAGACAAGCUGCGAGCUGGCAAGGCGGCCGGCGAUGCAGGCAUGGAAGGUCUAGUCGAUGAGAUUGGAAAGCUGGACGUCAAGGGUGCUCAAGAGGCGGCGGAUAGCAAGGACGAGUGGGAGGAGGUCCAGGAGAAUGAAGUUGUGGAUGAUGGCGAAGUUGCGAUCCGCGUUGACCAAUACCUGGUGGUGUUCCUCAAGUUUAUGGCUAGUGUGACACCGGGCAUUGAGCAUGACUUUACCAUGGGAGUGUAG